GGUUCGCAAUCGGCCAAUGUGAAUUUCAUUCGGGAGUACCGCCGUGGUCAGGACUCUGUAUUUAUGAGCGUUCUCAGGGACAUGGUCGAGCUUCAAAUCGAGGACCCCACCCACCACAAUGCCAGGCAUCGCUUGCUGACGAGCAUCGAUAGGGUGUUUAUCUCCUUCGCGGGCUGGGUGCUCAACCAGCUCUCGCUCUCUGGCCGCGUUUCCGAGAUGCCAGAGGUGCUGAACAGGCGUGGCAUCGGCGACCACGCGCCUGUCGUGAUCGAAGCAGCCUGCAGCCUCCCGACCCCUUCGAGUGAGAGACGGAUCCCAUCGGACGUGUUCAAACAUCCCAAGUUUUCGGGAUUCAUCGUUGAAACUUAUGAGGCCUGUGAGUUGGCCAAGCUCUCCCCGCCGCUCGCCCUGGACCUGGUGGUUAAAAUCAUGAGGGAGGCUGCUAGGUAUGCUAGGGACUGCAUUUUGAAGCACUCGCCCAACGAUCUGUUCGCUAAGUUCAUCACCAUGAAAAGUAUGGCUAGGGCUAUAUGGCGACAAGAUGUCAGAUUAGCUCAACGGAUCAGGGCGAGUUGCCAGCUAGGGAAGGACUUCCUCGUCGUCGACCCGUCGGCGGGGGCUGUCCAGCUCUCUGACCCGACCCUUUUUGCUUCGACCUCGAACUCGAUCCACGAAGCGAUCUAUCUCAGGAACGAGAGCCGUGUGAAAAACGACAUCAACAAUGCAACAAACGAGCGUUCCAAGGCCAAACUUCGUCGGAAACUCCGUGGGCUGGUUCUGCGAGGCAAACUGUGGUCGCCCUUCGACAGGCGGAUGCCGUUGAAGGGGGUGCUUUCUGAUGAUGGCAGUGGAUCUGCCACCCGCGAGCCCACCGAAGUCUUGCAGUCGCUGUCGCGGCACUGGGGCGCAGUCUUCGGCAUCUCCAAAAAGAUUGACGAGAAUGCAGCCCAGCAGUGCCUUGAUCGUUUUGGACCUCACUGUUGCCUGCGUGACCUUCCCCCUCCAUCGCGUAAGAGCCUCGAGAUGCACCUCGAAAAGCUAAACGAUUCGGAACCUGGGCCCGAUGGAUUGGCCUAUUCGGCCUGGCUGUACAACCCCCUGGGAAUAGAGAUCCUGGACAAAGCGCUCUGGCGCGUUCUGGAAGGCGGUCGGUUACUGCCGAGUUUCAACCAUCUCAGGGGAGCUUUCAUCGCCAAAGGUUCUCGGUUACAGGAUGAGGAGGAGGUUUUGAGAAAGCCUGGAGAUGCCAGACCGCUCGGUCUCAAGCAGACCUCGAACAAGAUUCUCACGGGGGUGGUUAUCUCGGUUCUUAGCCGCAAGCUCGGGGAUAUCGUAGAUGGGGACCAGCGUGGUUUUGUUUCUGGAAGGAACUUUGGAGUUAACAUUUUGGAUCUGGAUGUGAGAUCUCGUAUGGCAUCUAUGCAACCGAACGCGCAUUUGGCUCGGCCAGCCUUGUGCACGUUCGAUUUUGGUCAGGCCUUCCCGUCGGUUGCGCACGCGUGGAUCUUCUUGGUGCUCCGCCAUGUCCAGCUGCCGCCGCCGAUGUACCACUUCUUCGUCUGCAUCUAUGAAGGUGUCAUGUGCUAUGGAGUUCACAUCCGAGUGCAGGUGUGGGUGUGGCUCUUCAAUGUGCUGUGCGGCAUCCUGCAGGGAUGCCCUGCUUCCGGUGCGUUGUUCGCGCUGGCGAGCCACCCGUUCCUCGUGGAGUUCAGGCAGGCGUUAGCCGUCACCGGCCCCGAGAAGCCCAUCAGCGCGACGAGAGCUUGCGCGGACGACAUUGGUGCGGUGGUUGUCAGGGUCUCAAAGCUGCUGGACCUCAAGGGCGUCUUCGACCACUGCGAGGAGGCGAGGAGUUUGCUCAUCUAG